AUCAUCGCUAUGCACAACAGGACGCACCCGGCCACAGAAGUGCCACGGGCAGUGUGGAUUUCCCAUGAUGCUGAGCGGCGGCGGGGCCUCGCCGUGGGACCAUGACGCACCCUAGAAGGGCCAAAGGGUGGGAGAUCAGGCCCGCGUCGAUCCUGCGGUGGAUCCGCCGCCGCCGCGUCCUCAUGUGGCAAAGUAUACAGAGGCUCAUCCGGGCGUGCCACCGUGGCGUCGGUUGUUCCGUCAGCUACAAUGAACACGACCACGAUGAGCAGGAUAUGGUGUGCCUUGAGCCCAUGGGAUCAGAGCCGAUGGAGAUGCGAAAGAGGCAGAUGUCGGUGCAGCAGGAAUCGGCAGCGGGGGGGACUGCACUGGCCCACCAGGGCCAGCCGGGCCAGGCCAACCCGCGGGGUUCCAACGCCUGCUGCUUCUGUUGGUGCUGCUGCUGUAGCUGCUCUUGGAACGAGGACAGAGACGAGAGGAAUCGGAAGACCUCGUACGAUGUCAAGGAAGGGACCGCGGACUGUGAAGACUGCCCCAAGCCCACGCUGGAGGAGGUGAGCUCUUGGGCCCAGUCCUUUGACAAGCUCAUGAGCUGCCCGGCCGGACGCAACUCUUUCCGUCAAUUCCUGCGCACCGAGUUCAGCGAGGAGAACAUGUUAUUCUGGCUCGCCUGCCAGGAGUUCGCCAAGGAGAGCAACAAGGGCUCAGUGGAGGAGAAGGCCCGUGCCAUCUACGAGGACUACAUCUCCAUCCUCUCCCCGAAAGAGGUGAGUCUGGACUCCCGAGUGCGGGAAUCCAUCAAUCGCAACAUGCAGGAGCCCACGUCGCACACGUUCGACGACGCCCAGCUCCAGAUCUACACGCUCAUGCAAAGAGACUCGUACCCUCGCUACAUGAACUCCCAGGCCUACAAAAACCUGCUCAACGCUCUGUCCGAGCAGUCACCUGAAUCGUAGAAGAAAAAAAAAAAUCAAGACCUGUGAUCCACCAUUUUUUUUUUUGUAUUGCCCCACCCUCUCGUGUCCAGUGCAGGAUUUACACCGACCAAGCGGGCCGCCGCAAAACUCGGGGAAUUCUCAGCAGUAGACACUCAGGUCUCAACAUCUUGCGAGGGCUCCACAUCAAUAAGUACUGCUAACACUCCAGCAGAGCAACAUAAUACUCCAAAGGAACUUCUCUUACUUUUACUCCUUUCUUUUCAAAGAAGUAAUCUAUUUUAGUUGACCUUUUUUUAAAAUUGUUUUUUCUCAAGGGACAGGGAGGGGUAAACGAUUCCUACUUGAGACGACAUAUAUAAAUAUAUAUUUAUGAGUUUGUAAAUAAUACAAAUGGAAUUGUGGGUAUUUUACAUGGAGAUAUUUAACUGCGAGACGAGAAUCAAAGUUCAAAGGCAAUGGCGACACGCUAGCUUGACCUUGGUUUCACCUUAAUUUUUUUUUUUUUUUAUCAUCUGACAUAACUCCUUUUGUGUAACUUUAGUAAUUGUGAUGUAUUUAUUUGCCGCUACCGGUAUUUUUUACUCAUCCAAAGUGUAAUAUUUAAAGAUUUGCUUGCUUUGUACACCCCCAGCAAAAACAAAACACAAAAGCUGGGUUGUUUUUGUACAAAACAAGCUCCUCAAAAUUGGAUUGUUUUGUGGGUUAUUUAUUUGAUCCAACUUUUCCUAAUUCUAUUUAAAACCACUUAUGACCAAUUUUGGACUGCACUAGAAGACCGGCUAGCCAAUUGGAUGACAGUCAUUCAUUUGAAAAUGCCAGUUUGCAAGUUAGCAGAGACUCAUGGCUUAGCGUCUGCCCAAAAUGUCGCCACGGCCGUUUGUGCUGUCGCCACGAUGGUCCAAUGCUUUUGAGUGUUCCCUUUUGACUUUUGUUGCCUCACGACCGCGUCGCUCAAAAAGAUGAGCUGCUCACAUGGGGAGGGGAGGGGGGGAGGUAGGGGAAGUGCCUUGACAUUCCGUUUGGACGACACAUCCUUUUCACGGGCAAACUCUCGCCAUAAAGGUGCUUUUUUUGGGGGGGGGGGGGCGAGCACAAGAGCCAGCUGUCCGCAACAACACGUCCCUCGCAUCGGCUGAACUCGAUUUAUCCUCGAUGUUUUUAGCGACGUCUACCAAACUGGAUGUCGAGGGAAUGGGGCUGGCUGAUUGACGUCUUUGCUGAGUGCAGAAGAACCUCAAACGCACCAAACUGCGGUUUUGGCGCGAUGCCUAUUAAAUCUAUUUUUUGUUUUUGUUUACAGUAUAUGGGAUGUGUUCAUUUUUGCGCUGCGUUUUCUGAGAGAAAAAAAAAAGAAGACAUUUUUAAAAUAAUAACAAUAAAAAGAAUAAUGUGAAUGUUUACAGUGUAUGGUAUUAGAGUUUUUGGUUUUAUGCUACUCUCCAAGAACAUGAUGACUUGUGGGCAUUUUGAGUGAGAAAAAAAAUAAAUAAAGCACAAUGAUUUUAAAA